CCGAGCUUCCCAAAACCUGACAGCAUCAACCGAGCAUCCUCAUCUUGCACGUCGUCACCAUAAACCAGCUGCAUCAACGUCGCAGUUCCUCCAUCGCAUCAUCCCCCGAACAUUUACACUUUCGGUACAAGUUGAUCUCGACGAUCAACUAAUUUUGUUCAUCGACGAUUAAUCCAACAGCAAAACCUUUCACAAUGCCUUCAGAACUUUGCCCGGCCUACGCGCCCUUCUUCGGCGCUAUGGGCUGCACUGCUGCCAUUGUCUUCACUUGCCUCGGCGCCUCGUACGGCACAGCCAAGUCCGGUGUCGGUAUUGCUGCCAUGGGUGUCCUGCGCCCUGACCUGAUUGUCAAGAACAUUGUUCCCGUCAUUAUGGCUGGUAUCAUUGGUAUUUACGGUCUCGUCGUGUCCGUCCUGAUUUCGGACAACCUGAAGCAGGACGAAUACGCCUUGUUCACUGGCUUCAUCCAGCUCGGUGCCGGUCUUGCCGUCGGUUUGGCUGGUCUUGCUGCUGGUUUCGCCAUCGGUAUCGUUGGUGAUGCCGGUGUCCGUGGUACCGCUCAACAGCCAAGGCUCUUCGUCGGCAUGAUUCUGAUUCUCAUUUUCGCCGAAGUUUUGGGUCUUUACGGUUUGAUCGUUGCGCUGCUGAUGAACUCAAAGGCGACCCUCAACACCACAUGCUAAACGGCGAAUUAAGGUAUGGAUCAGGCGAGGCUUGAGUCUGACUUGAGACUCGGGUGGGCAACACUGUACCUACCGCAAAUGCCCGGGGUCCUCGUUUGUCAACAAAAGGACGUGCCUUUAGCUGUGGGCAUGGUUUCCAUUUAUCUUUUCUCGGGAGGAAUCGGCAAUUAUCAAACUUCCUUGAAGCAGCAAAAAGUUCGUUCCACCAGUAAGGUGUUUUGGACUGCAUUUUAUAAGGGUUAAUGGGAUGCGCAAACACCAGUGUACAUUGUUAGCAACAGCAUUUCGAUUGGAGAUGAACUCUAUUUUGAGGAUAAGACGGGGGUGAUUAUGGGCUUAGAACGGUCGACAAGAGCAUAACUGUAGUCUAGGAUUUUUCAUUUGACUUUGACCAUCACGAGACGAGUAGUUU